CGUUGUGUUUCUGGAUAUGCCCGGACGCCGCUCUCGAGUAUGCUGAGCAGGAAGGGCUCUUGCGCGGGGAUGGUGACCGCCGCAGCCGGGGUGGAUCGCAGCAGGGUCGGGGAGAGGCUGCAGGCUGCUCUGGCCGGGCUGCAGGAGCUGCAUCUGCUGAGAGACAGGCAAAGCGACAUGGUGAGCUGGGCGCUGAGGAUGGACCGAGAGGAGCCCGUCACUGCUGUGCACGCAGGCCCGGAGACUCUCAGGAUGAUGGGAGCUGAGGAGCAGCGGCUGGAGGCGACGCUGACAACCCUAAAGCAACAGCUGUCUCGUCUUCGGAAACAGGAUGUAGGCUUGAAGACUCACUUGCAGCAGCUGGACCAACAGAUCAGUGAGCUGAAGCUGGAUGUGAGCAAGGCCUCCACAGAGCAGCUGGAGAGUGACAGCAGGCCAAGUUCAGGUUUCUAUGAGCUCAGCGAUGGUGGCUCCUGCUCACUGUCCAACUCCUGCACCUCUGUGUACAGCGAGUGUCUUUCAUCCUCCCAAACAAGCCUUCUCCUCUUUCCUACGAGCCCUAACUCCCACAUCAGCCCACCAUCACAAGUAGACAUAUGCCGCCGGCGUUCUGCUGAUGAGAGCACUACUCAGCCCAACCCUCAGCGGGCAACAGGCCUCCAUCUGGGCAGCAGCAGGAUCCGAGCAAGCACGGAAAAAGCUCGUCCAAGACCUGUAUCAACAGGUGAUCUUGACAGGAUGAUUGCUCAAGGACCAAGCUACUACAAAUCUGUGGACGCAAAGAAACCCUCAAUGUGCUCAAACGUGAAGACCUCCACAGUUGAUCCCAAGUUCCACAGCAACCUAGUGUCCCGCAGUGGGACUGAAGUGUACCACUACCCCAGCCCUUUACAUGCUGUGGCUCUCCAGAGUCCAAUCUUUUCCCAUGGGGGAGACCCAACAGCACCUGGACCUCUAGAGGGCCAAGUACCCCAAGUAAACGGUUCGGACACCCUCCGGAGGGCACAAAUGGGUCAUGAGACUAAGACUAUGGGUUACAUUGACAAGCUUCUCCUGCGCAGCUUAAGCAAAAUCCAGAGUGAAACAGGCACUCUACAGAAACCAAGUGACUAUCACAGGAGGCCCACUGAAGUUUUAACUGUGUUUCCCGAAGUGUCUCAGAAAGACGUGCCUGCGCUGCAGCCUCUUCCAGCCCAGACCACAAGCAUUAUCCCGAUAGAUAGUGACCAGAAGAGACACUGCAUGACAUUUUCCAGCCAAGAGCCAGCUGAUAACACAAACCACAAUCAGUCAGUGGGAGCCCCUGAGGCUUCAUACCGAUACUCCUAUCCUGCUGCCGUGAGGGAGUACAGCUCCGAUGAGGUCACCACCUUAUCUUUAAGGAAAAAUGAUAAACCCAAAGGAGAAUAUGGUAGCUUAGCAAGAAGCAGUUCGGAGAAUAGACAUGGGGAUCAUCCAGAGUCAAUGCCAUCAGAGAGGAAGGGCCAUAGGCAAAGAUCGGCGAUGGCUCACAGCUCCAGCACAGAGGAGAGUCAGGGCUUUGAGGUUCACGCUGGUCACACAGCUUCCCCUGAGUUUGUCCAUGCCAAAUUUGUCCCUGCUGGAUCUCAAAGGGUCAAGGUGAGACAAGCAGACCGUAAAACCAAAGCAGUGAAACUAAGGAGAAAAAGCUGUGAGAAGCCUCGAGCAUCGAGGCAGCAACAUGGCUACUCCUCAGGUGAAAGGACCAGAGAGUCCAAUAGUGGAACCAGGGGGGAUCAGAGAAGAUCAGGAAAAGGAAAAGUGACCCAGAAAUUCAGCACCUGUCACACAGAGGAGCGCAGACAGGGCUCAGGCUCAGACUCCAGCCAUUGCAGCCCUGCACUCAUGUACACCCACAAGGUCCAUCCUAAGCCACAUCCCAUCCCUGCUGCUAUGAAAUCCAGUAAAGGCCGCAGACUGCAGUGUGUGGAGUAUGAGCAGCCUGUAGAGCAGAGGAAGAGAAAGCAGGGGGCUGCCAAAUGGCCGUCUGACAUGGAGAUGUUCCAGGCCUCAUGUGCUCAGCGUCAGAGGUCAAAACAGCCCCAUGUGCAGGCACCAGGGAGCAUGCAGAUGGUCCGCAGUAUCAGUGCCAGGUCAGGCCAGUGGAUAGGACCUCCUCGAUCCUUCCAAACCUCCAUCUCCUCUAACUCUUUCCUCCAUAAUCUGAAUGCCAGAUACCCUCCAGCAGCCUUCCAUGUGUCCAGCCAAUACCCGCCCAGAUGUGAGUCAGAGUACUCGGCUGAAUGCGCCUCACUGUUUCACUCCACCAUCGCUGAAAGCAGCGAGGGGGAGAUGAGUGAUAACACCACCAACCGCUUCGGAGAUAGCGAGUCUGGCCAGAGCUUCCAGUCCUUCUCGGACUCUGACAGCAGCCUGUCCCUGGACGAGGAGGACCAGGUGGACAGCCAGGAUGAGAGAGGUCUGGUGUGGGCUGAGGCUGCGCUGGGGCCCACUGCAGCUGGACGGCCCCUCCAGCAGCUCCCACGCCCCGAGCCAUCAGCCUGCCGCAUCAAAGCUUCCCGAGCCCUGAAGAAGAAGAUCCGACGGUUCCAGCCUGCCUCUCUGAAGGUCAUGACCCUAGUAUAGCAACAUUCCCCCUAGCAGAGUGAGAACUGUUGGGAAAACAUGGAGAGCUGUGGAAAAGGCUUUCAAAACACUUAGGAAACCUGAGCACGGCGCCUUUAAUCAUCACUGAGACACAGCAAUUAAACUGGACUGUAUUUGUGCACAGAUUUUUUUCCUUUAAAAAAUGUUGAACCUUAAACUGUACAACAUGGUGCAUGGUAUGAAAGCAUGUUUAAAACAAUUAUUACACUUACACUUACUUUGUAAAUAUUGAUGUCGUUAUAAUUGAAUUUUCUC